AUGAAUUCAGAAGCAGAUGAAAGUCCAGUAUCAUUGGGUGAUAAGGCGGAUUUAUUGCCUGAUGCCACCCCUGGGUUGCUUUAUUGCCAGCGCUUUCUAUUUAUCCUUGAUCACGUUUCCAACGAACCCUGCUUUGCGAGCUUGUUUAGCCGCGGAGAUGGUGACUGCAUUGCAAGUUUUAUUAAUAUGACAGGUGAGACUCCAAGAGAACUUAUGAGGUCCAGAAACCUUGCAGAUACUUUAUCUAAAUCUAUUUCGAAGUUGCCGGAAAUUGUUCAGAUUGAAAACAUUUCGUCUACCACGUAUUUUGAGCUGUGCAACCUACGGCACCAUUUGGAUUACCUGACGUUGAAAUCCAAAUUCACACAGGCCUAUGAACAGUUUCAGAAACACCUUCAUCUUGUUACAGCUGUCAUUGAAAAUUCAUCCCUUCACCGCCAUGACCUUCCGCGCUUUCUGCGAAGGUAUUCCCCGCCCAAUCUUGCGCUUCGUCUUAUUCGAAUCGGUGUAAAUGUUUGUGAGCGCCUGCGUAAAUACCAUGAAUCUGUGAAACUGAUUCUCAUCGCUUUAUCCUCCGAUUUUUUGACCAAUAUCGGCUCCAGCUCAUUGUGCUUCUUCAUCAAACGUCUUCUGCUUGACCAAGGUACCCAUUGUAGGGAUCCUGUCACCUGCUUAAAGAAGGUCCAGAGCCUUCUUCAUGUACUACAAGGUUUGCAUCCGAGACAUCGGCUCGAGAUUCAAAUACAGAUCGGCCGCCUGAUAGGGGAGAAAUCGGAUAAUGCAUUGUCCCACUUUUGGCUUUACACGGAUGCAAGUUCACGAAGCUUAAAUCGAAAUGGAAAUUCGAGUCUUAAGGAGAUCACAGACAGUGCGAUGUUGGAUAGCAUAACAGCACUGAGGAAUGAAUUAUUACCUCAGUUAAAGUGCGCGCCUGUGGUGAAUCUUUUGGCUCCUAUUCCCGGCCUUUCGGCGGAUCUUGGUGCUCGUCGUCCCGUCUACCUCUGGGUAGAGCUCGAAGAGGAUGUUACAAAAAAUGAGUCAAAAACAAGCAUUCUUGAAGUUGAAAAUUGGGCACUAAAACACUACUUGCACAAUGAAAAAUUCGAAAAAGGGCUUCAUGCUGAAUCUCGAAUAUGCACAACUCUCUUUGCUCUGCUGUUUUACGAUCUACUUUUUGGUGUCGAUCGCGCAGACGCCUUCUACUCGAUGCUUCAGACAGCACCACUGGAUCUUUUUGCCGGGGAAUUCUAUACUUCACACAGAGACCUUAUUGAAAGCCGUCUGGAAAUGAUUAGCUCUGCAAAAAGGUCUUUGCAGACAUCGGAAACAGAAUCACUGGCUACAGAUCCAAUCUCGCAGAUGUUGGUGGAAACAUGGACAAAGCACAAGGACGAGUAUUGUAUCGGUGCCUGUUGGAACCUUUUUCCUGCUGGUGAAAAUGACGUUGUGGCAAGUUUUAAAUUAGUCGUGUUAGAUGCCCCUUUGAGUUGGCUGUGUCCCUUGGGUGAGGCAAAAGAUGGCGCUCUGCUCCCAUUGCUUUCUCUUUCCUUUCUCAAUACAGGAGUUAUUCUGGUGUCUGGGGCCCCAAUUGGUGGCGUCUAUCUGCCGUCUCCUGAUCAGUGA